AUGGCACAUCAAAAUAUUCAAGCAAGGGAUUUAUUGGCUAAAUACAACGAAUUAUUGGCAAAUAAGAAUGCUGAAAGUUCAAAUUCCGACCAAAAAUCAAGUCACGAAGAUGAAGAAACCUUGCCGCAAAAAGUUGGCAAAGUAAAUGAGCAAUUUGAAUGUGAGCUCGAGAAAAUAAAUAAACAACUUUUAGAAAAUAAGAAAUUAGAUGCUCAAAUUGUUAAAAAUGAAUUAAAAAAUGCCGAGAAAAAAGCUUUAACUUUAGAGGCUGCACUUGGAGAUGCUACUAAUGUUCGUUUGAGUGAUGAUUCCCCAAAUAGUUCUCUCCAAUUAAAUAAAGAUAUCACUAAAUUUAAAAAAUUAUUUAAGAAAAAUAACGAUACUUUUAAGGAUGUUUUAGGAUUCAUCCUUCAAAGUAUAAUAAUUUAUAAAGUAUUUUCUGCGAUAGAAAAUAUAACAUACAGAAACAAAAAUGGAAAUUUCAAUUAUUUUGAAACAGCAAUUAUGAAUUAUACUAAUGAAAUAAUUGAAUGGACCACUAAACUAUCCCAAACCCGACCUGGAAAUGAUCAUGUUACCAAGAUGACCCCUAUCAAAAUUCGACAACAAAUAUAUGAAGCUCUUGCAUUGCGUGGAUUCAACAAUUAUAAUAAUAAAUCUAUUAAUUCAAUCAGAGAUGAUAUUAUGAAUGAAAUGAACAAAUAUCGUGAAAUUCUAGAUGAAGACAGAAAAAAGAAUAUCUACAAGAAUGCUGAUGAACUGGUCCGUACUGGUAUUAAACUGUGGUUUCGUUUGAAAAUUCAGGAGCCUGUAGUAAAUAUUGAAUGGUAUAAACCGGGGGAUGCUGUCGAUACCAAUUUCAUGGAAGGAACAUGGGAGACCAACAAUAUAAAUAAUUUUGGAGUAGAAUUGUGUUAUUUUCCUUGUAUAUUAUCAAAAGGAAAAGAAACUGAAAUUUAUUACAAAUCUCAAGUUACGAUUCGAAAAAAAACCAGAGGGUGGGCGCAAGGGUGGUUAUAG